AUGACGUUCCUCAGGGGGCGGGCCACCCGGCGCGCUCAAGUCUCGCGAGAUCUCGAGGUGCCGGCGAUGAUCCUGGUGCUCAUGGGCGUGAGCGGCUGCGGGAAGACCACAGUGUCUUCAUCUCUUGCUGAAAAACUGGGCUGGAAAUUCUAUGAUGCUGAUGACUACCAUUCUGAAGAAAAUAAAGAAAAAAUGGCUAAAGGAAUACCACUAAAUGAUGAGGACAGAAUACCUUGGCUAUGCACUUUGCAAGAAAUAUUGUUGAGAGAAUACUUACUUGGUGCAAAUGUAAUCCUAGCAUGUUCUUCCCUGAAGAGAAUGUAUCGAAGAAUUCUAAUGGGCGAGCACAGCAUAAUCAAGAGAAAACUGGAAAACCCUGAAGAGCAGAAAUACUCACAAUUUGACUUUAACAAGGACAUUUUGUUUGUCUAUCUUCAUGGUUCCAUAGAACUGAUCAUUAAGAGGUUAGAAACCAGAAAAGGACAUUUCAUGUCAGCUUCUUUGCUGCAGUCUCAAUUUGAUACCCUGGAACCACCUGAAGACACUGAAAAUUUCAUUAGUAUAAAUAUUGAGAAAAGCAUUCCAGAGAUAGUGGCUGAGAUUGGAAAGUAUCUGGGUAUAAAUCUUUAAAUUUUAACACGGCAUCUGAAGGAAUGGUUGUAAAAUAUGUUCCUUAACUGUCUGAAUUAGCUACACUACAAAGUUGGCUAUUCCUUCAGUGUUUCUGCAGCUGUAUCAUUUAAUAUAAAUCCCAAAGUUGCUCUCUUUAGUUUUGCAAAUUUCUCCAAUACAAAUAUGGAAAUUUAGUCAAAUUGAUGCAAGGAUCAGAAAUUUAACUACUUUCUGUAAAAUGCCUUAAUGUUAUUUAUAUAAAACUAAGUGACACUGUUAUUUAUAUAAAACACUCAGUAAUCUCUAGCCUUAUGUCGGUAUGUAAUUCAACGCGAAUUCCAAUUUUCAUUUGAACCUCAAAUAUUAAAACUAGUAAAACUGGGUAUUGUCAUUCCUGCUGUGCAUUAAGAAUUCUUUAAUUCCAUUUGUUGUAAGACCCUAAAAGACCAAUGGUAA